AUGUCGGAUCCUCCUUCUCGCAUUCGUUCCAUCCUCAGUCAUCUCCGCCCUCAUCCAGCAGCACCUGUCAACUAUCACACCCUAUCCCCUACAACAUUUCUUGAGCGCGCUGCUGCCAUUGAGCCUGAUGCUGAAGCCAUCUUCCACAUCACUGUGAAUGGAGCUGUACUGCGCCGCUCCUAUGCCGAGUUUGCUGAUCGCGCUCGUGGUCUGGCUUACUAUCUCCUCAAGCACGGCUAUCGGCGCGUAGGCGUCCUCGCUCCCAACACGCCUGCUUUCCUCGAGUCCAUCUACGGCAUCGUCGCAGCAGGCGCUGUUAUUGUUCCAGCAAACUACCGUCUAAAACAAGAAGACAUCGCCUACAUCUUUGACUUUGCUGAAGUGGAUUGCAUUAUUGUUGACAAUGAGUUUGUUGGCUUGCUUGAUGCGUACAAGGAGAAGCACAAGAAUGUGCCCUUAAUUGUUGAUAUGGUUGAUUUUCUCCCCCGCGAACAGGCACAAGCUUGUUUUGAGGCCAUUGCUAACCUUGCUUUUCAGGAUAACGAUGCUACUGUGGGUCAAUUGUCUGGUCCUUUUGAUGAUGCCGUUCUCGAGGGCUUAAAACAUGAUAUCGCUCAAGGCAGCCAAGGUUGGGCGGGCCUUCAUUCUCAAGCCCGGAGUGAGGACGACAUGCUUGCCAUUCCCUUCACUUCAGGGACAACUUCAAAGCCCAAGGGUGUUGUCUACACACAUCGAGGUUCUUACCUUGCUACAAUGGCCAACAUUGUCGAGUCAGGCCUAAAUAUCGGGCGUUGCAAAUACUUAUGGACCCUACCAAUGUUCCAUGCAGUAGGAUGGACCUUCCCCUGGGCCGUCGUUGCGGUGCGUGGCACCAACGUCUGCCUUAGAAAGAUCGAUUAUCCCCUCAUCUGGAAGCUACUGAAGGAAGAAGGAAUCACACAUUUCAAUGCGGCUCCCACAGUCAAUACGUUACUGGUGGCGGCCAAGGAAGCUGAAAAAUUACCACAUGAGGUCAAAGUCACGGUGGCUGCUAGCCCCCCAACAGGAUACCUUUUUGAACAAAUGACAAAACUGAAUCUCAUCCCUGUCCACGUUUACGGAAUGACAGAAACAUAUGGGCCCAUCACUAAAUGCUACACUCUACCUGAGUGGGAUAAUCUACCUCCUACAGAAAAAUACGCAAAAAUGUCCCGGCAAGGGCAUGGCUUCAUAACCAGUCUACCAAUCCGCAUCAUCAAGCCAGACCAGCCGCAAGGGGUUCUUAUCGAUGUUGCAAAGGAUGGCAAGGAGAUUGGCGAGAUUGUCUUUAUGGGAAACAUCUGCGCCAAAGAAUACUACAAGGAUCCUGCAGCUACACGGGAGCUGUUUGCAGGAGGCGUUCUUCACUCGGGCGACCUAGCGGUGUGGCACCCAGAUGGCAGUGCUCAGAUCCAAGACCGUGCGAAGGAUAUUAUCAUCUCUGGUGGCGAGAACAUCUCAUCCGUUGCUCUUGAGAGCAUGUUGGCCCAGCACCCAGAUAUUCUCGAGGUUGGUGCUGUCGCUGUUCCCGAUUCUCACUGGGGCGAGAGACCCAAGGUUUAUGUCACGGUCAAGGAUGGUAAGAGCGUAACUGGAGAUGAGAUUAUUCAGUGGGCCAAACACCAGAGUGACAUUAGCAGGUUUAUGGUUCCCAGAGAGGUAGAGAUCGUGGACGAGCUACCCAAGACAAGCACUGGCAAGAUCAAAAAGAACGUGCUUAGAGAGUGGGCUAAGCAUGGAAGGACAUAG